GCGCGGCAGCGGGGCCGGGUCCCUCUGAGCGCGGGCUCACCUGGAACCCUGCGGGCCGCCGUCCCGCGGGCCGGGCGCACGCCGCCUGCCGAGAGUCAAGUGUCCGAGCCGCUCGGCAACUCAGGCGGCCAGUGGGCCACAGGAAGUUUAUUCUCGGGCUCCCUUUCUCAAAGGAGGAAAUAGAAGUUUCUCCAAGCCGGCAGCCUUUUCUUUUUCGCCUUGUCGGUCCUGCCUGCACCUCGGGACGGGAACAGGGGAAAGAAGGGUGUCCCCCAGAGCUGGCAGGCGAGGCUCGCUUGGGGCUCCCGAUUCUUUGUUUCCUUCCGAUUCUGGUGGCCGUGGGUCCCGGUCGGGCUCCGGCUGCGCGCGGGGGCGGGAGGGCGCGCGCAGGGGAGGGACUGAGAGCGGCGCCGCCGACUUUUUAGAGGGAGGGACCGUGUGGACAACUGGUCUCGCGGCGCCCGCGAAGAAGGGAAGAAGUACGGUGCUAGGCGCUCGGGGGACGCGGUCGCCGGCGCCCCACCGCUGCCGUGGGUGAAAGCCCGGGAGCCGAGAGCGGAGCCCGCGGCGCUGCCGGAGGACUAGCCAGCGCGCAGCAGCCGGUGCACGGCCGCGGCGAGGGCGGGGGAAGAGAAGCACCCUGUUUCCUCUGGGGCCCCCAGCGCGGAUCAUGUACCAGGAUUAUCCCGGGAAUUUUGACACCUCGUCCCGGGGCAGCAGCGGUUCUCCUGCGCACGCCGAGUCCUACUCCAGUGGCGGUGGCGGCCAGCAGAAGUUCCGGGUAGAUAUGCCUGGCUCGGGCAGUGCCUUCAUCCCCACCAUCAACGCCAUCACCACAAGCCAGGACCUGCAGUGGAUGGUGCAGCCCACAGUGAUCACCUCCAUGUCCAACCCCUACCCACGCUCGCACCCGUACAGCCCCCUGCCGGGCUUGGCCUCUGUCCCUGGACACAUGGCACUCCCGAGGCCUGGCGUGAUCAAGACCAUUGGCACCACCGUGGGCCGCAGGAGGAGAGAUGAGCAGUUGUCUCCUGAAGAGGAAGAGAAGCGCCGGAUCCGCAGGGAGAGGAACAAGUUGGCCGCGGCCAAGUGCAGGAACCGCCGCCGGGAGCUGACCGAGAAGCUGCAGGCGGAGACAGAGGAGCUGGAGGAGGAGAAGUCAGGCCUGCAGAAGGAGAUCGCGGAGCUACAGAAGGAAAAGGAGAGGUUGGAGUUCAUGUUGGUGGCGCACGGCCCUGUGUGCAAGGUCAGCCCAGAGGAGCGCCGCUCGCCCCCGACCACGGGGCUACCGCCCAUGCGUGGUGGUAGUGGCAGUGGGGGCGGUGCGGUGGGAGCCGUGGUGGUGAAGCAGGAACCCCUGGAAGAAGACAGCCCCUCCUCCUCGGCGGCCGGCCUGGACAAGGGCCAGCGCUCCGUCAUCAAGCCCAUCAGCAUCGCGGGGGCCUUCUAUGGGGAGGAGCCCCUGCACACGCCCAUCGUGGUGACCUCCACUCCCGCCAUCACUCCAGGCACCUCGAACCUCGUCUUCACCUAUCCCAACGUCCUGGAGCAGGAGUCGCCCGCCUCGCCCUCCGAGUCCUGCUCCAAGGCCCACCGCAGGAGCAGUAGCAGCGGGGACCAGUCCUCGGACUCCUUGAACUCCCCAACCCUGCUGGCUCUGUAACCCAGCCCGCCUCUCCUCCCCAGCCCUGGAACGGGUCCUCGCCACCACCUCCUUCCCCGGGGACCAGCACCUUGAAAGCGCUCCAGAGCCGUGAGGGUCCCACAUGGCCCUGCCAAGGAGCUGCCUGGCUCUGCGGGGGCCCAGAGGCUUGGGAGGACUCGGGUCAGCCUCCCGGAAGCCUUCCUGUCAUCAUUGUUGUGGUCGUCAUGCACACGUCUUGCAAACGAAUCCUGUUUCUUGAAAGGCCUGGGGGAACUCGGUGCGGUGAGCUCUGGCUUCUGAAGAGCCCGAAGCUGUUCCUUUUGUCACGAUGUGGUUGGUCUCUGCCACGAUGCUGUCCCUCCCUGCCCCACCAAGCAUGCGCAGUGCCUUUAGUUUCCUCCUCUCUCCUACCCCCUAGUGUCCAUUUUGCUCCCUCCUUUUUUUUUUUUUAAUCAAGUUUGCCAUGACAUUUCAUCUGGGUGGUCUCAAUAUGAAAAAACUUUCUGGACACUGGGCAGCAGCUGACUCUUCCCGCUGGAAGUGGACUUGGCCGGAAGGGGACAGUCAAGUGCAAUAUGGAAUUUUCCCUCCCACCCGGACGAUGUCAGGGGGCACUACUGGCUCCAGAACCAGUAGAGGGGAAGUCUCUUCCGCCAACAGGCUGGCGGGGCACCUAACCCUCCCCUGGAGAUGGCUCUUGGAGGAGCCCAGCCGCCAGAAGACAGGGUGUGAGAGAGGACAGUCGGGACACA